AUGCCGGUGCAGCUGACCACAGCCCUGCGAGUGGUGGGCACCAGCCUGUUCGCCCUGGCAGUGCUCGGCGGCAUCCUGGCCGCGUACGUGACGGGCUACCAGUUCAUCCACACGGAGAAGCACUACCUGUCCUUCGGCCUGUACGGCGCCAUCCUGGGCCUGCACCUGCUCACGCAGAGCCUGUUCGCCUUCCUGGAGCACCGGCACAUGCGGCGGGCGGCCCGGCCCCUGAAGCUGCCCGCCCGGCCGCGGCGCUCCGUGGCGCUCUGCAUCGCCGCCUACCAGGAGGACCCCGACUACCUGCGCAAGUGCCUGCGCUCCGCCCAGCGCAUCGCCUUCCCCAGCCUCAAGGUGGUCAUGGUGGUGGACGGCAACCGGCAGGAGGACGCCUACAUGCUGGACAUCUUCCACGAGGUGCUGGGCGGCCCCGAGCAGGCGGGCUUCUUCGUGUGGCACAGCAACUUCCACGAGGCGGGCGAGGGCGAGACGGAGGCCAGCCUGCAGGCGGGCAUGGAGCGCGUGCGGGACGUGGUGCGGGCCAGCACCUACUCCUGCAUCAUGCAGAAGUGGGGAGGCAAGCGGGAGGUCAUGUACACGGCGUUCAAGGCCCUCGGCGACUCGGUGGACUACAUCCAGGUGUGUGACUCGGACACUGUCCUGGACCCAGCCUGCACCAUCGAGAUGCUUCGAGUCCUAGAGGAGGACCCCCAAGUAGGAGGCGUUGGGGGUGAUGUCCAGAUCCUCAACAAGUACGACUCAUGGAUCUCCUUCCUGAGCAGCGUGCGGUACUGGAUGGCCUUCAACGUGGAGCGGGCCUGCCAGUCCUACUUUGGCUGCGUGCAGUGCAUCAGCGGGCCGCUGGGCAUGUACCGCAACAGCCUCCUCCAGCAGUUCCUGGAAGAUUGGUACCAUCAGAAGUUCCUAGGCAGCAAGUGCAGCUUUGGGGAUGACCGGCACCUCACCAACCGAGUCCUGAGCCUGGGCUACAGGACUAAAUACACAGCGCGUUCCAAGUGCCUCACGGAAACCCCCACCAAGUACCUCCGGUGGCUCAACCAGCAAACCCGCUGGAGCAAGUCUUACUUCCGGGAGUGGCUGUACAACUCCCUGUGGUUCCAUAAGCACCACCUCUGGAUGACCUACGAGUCCGUGGUCACCGGUUUCUUCCCCUUCUUCCUCAUAGCCACGGUCAUCCAGCUCUUCUACCGCGGCCGCAUCUGGAACAUUCUCCUCUUCCUGCUGACGGUGCAGCUGGUGGGCAUCAUCAAGGCCACCUACGCCUGCUUCCUUCGGGGCAACGCAGAGAUGAUCUUCAUGUCCCUGUACUCCCUCCUCUACAUGUCCAGCCUCCUGCCAGCCAAGAUCUUCGCCAUUGCUACCAUCAACAAAUCCGGCUGGGGCACCUCCGGCCGAAAAACCAUCGUGGUGAACUUCAUUGGCCUCAUCCCCGUGUCCAUCUGGGUGGCAGUCCUCCUGGGAGGCCUGGCGUACACCGCCUAUUGCCAGGAUCUGUUCAGUGAGACGGAGCUAGCCUUCCUCGUCUCCGGAGCCAUCCUGUAUGGCUGCUACUGGGUGGCCCUCCUCAUGCUGUACCUGGCCAUCAUCGCCCGGCGGUGCGGGAAGAAGCCAGAGCAGUACAGCUUAGCUUUUGCUGAGGUGUGA